GUCCUCAUCCACCUCGCCCGCCAGAAAGUCCACCCCAGGGAACCCCAGGUCGUCUCCUGUCCGCUGCCCAUCCCUUUCAUAGGCCACCUCGUCCUCAUGGCCCUCCAGGGCGGCCACUAUAUCCGCACCCUCGGCCUCGCCCAUCCACACCUCCCAGCCUUUACCCUCGUCGUGCCCUUUGCCCGUCUCUAUAUCAUCACAUCGCCACCUCUUGCAGUCGCCAUCCAGCGGAGGCCCGUCGCGCAGCUGUCGUCGAAUGCUCUGCUUCCCAGUAUCGUGAAGAGGGCUAUGGGUCUUGAUGACCGCACCGCUGACAUCGUGAGCCGUGGUCUUGACCCCAUAAGCGGCGGCGGCGGCGGAGUCGGCGUCUUGGCUGAGCUGCACGCCAUGCUUACUUCCUACCUGGGACCGGGCACGCCACUGGACGAGUUGACCGUGGGCUCCGCUAAGGAACUCGCCGCCGAGUUAGACGAGUACGUCCGCACCACGAACCUGGGAGGAAACAAUGGUCCAACGGCAGAGGUAGCGGCAGAGGAGGACCUACUCCCCUGGGCUCGCCGCCUCGUCGUGCGCGCCACCUCCCGCGUGCUUUACGGCAGCCGAAACCCCCUCGCCACGGCAUCGUCCACCUCCUCUACCAAGGAGGAUCUCGAGCGCGCCUUCUGGGAUUUUGACCACGGCCUGGGUCGACUGGUCGCUGGUGUCCUGCCUCCCUCAUUCGUCGCACGCAAGGCCUACCGCGGCCGGGAGAUGCUUACUGCCGCGUUCAAGGAGUACAUUGACGCAGGCCACUACGAGCCCACCACCUCUUCCUUGAAAGAGUCUGGCGGUAACGGUGAUGGUGCUGCCCCCAUCAUCCUCAACCGUAUCCGCAUCGCCCGCGCACACGGCUUCUCCGCCGACGGCGUCGCGCGCUCCGAGGUAAGCUUCCUCUUUGCUGCCAUCGUGAACACAGCCACGGUCGCGUUCUGGGUGCUGGCGCGCGUAUGCUCCGACCCAAAGCUUCUGGCACUCAUCCGCUCUGAACUCGACGGCAUCGUGGUCAAGAACAACAAGGAGCCCUCCUCCUCCUCUCACGACAGGAAACCCACACGCCAGCUAAGCAGCAGCGCCCUCACCGCCCACGGCUGCCGAGACUGCCCCACGCUGUGGGCUGUGUACCGCGAGACCCUUCGCCUGGGCUCGAACAACUUCUCCACGCGCCUGGUGAAGGAGGACACGGUCGUCACAGCCGCAGGGCUGGUCGGGGAAGGAGGUGCAGAAGGGGGAGGAGGGUAUUUCCUGCAGCGGGGUGGGAUCGUGCAGAUUGCGGGGGGAGUGAUGCACAUGAACCGGGCCAUCUGGGGUGAGGAUGCGGCCGAGUUUCAGCCCCUGCGGCACUUGGCCAAGCUUCGCAAGCCGCAGCAGCAACAGCUGAAGCGGCAGGGCGAGGCGACAUUGGGGUCGUCGGCGGUUCAUCCCGCAGCGUUUCGUGGGUUUGGGGGUGGUAGAACAUUGUGUCCUGGCCGCCAUUUCGCUACGGGUGAGAUUUUGGGCUUUGUGGCGUGUGUGCUGCUGAGGUUUGAAAUCCAAGGCGUGGGUGGUGGCGGC